UAUUCGCUCGUAGAAUCGCAAUGCAGCAGCAGAUGGCCGGCCUCGUUCGUCAGGUCACCGGCCUCUCCCCUCGGCCCCGCGCCGCCGAUGGGAGCUCCGGCGCCAAUGGCCAGCACUGCGUGGUGGUGCGCACCGGCCGGGCGCGUCCCGGCAGGGUCGUCGCAGCGGCGGCGCACGUGGCUGCCCGGCCCAGGUACUGCCGGCUCCGGGUCGCGGCUUCCGUCGCCGUCGCUGAUACCAGCAGCCAGCUUCUUGAGCAACAACACCUUCGCCCCGGCAACACCGCGUCGAACCAGCUUAUUACCACCAUCUGGAAGGACAAGUUCUUAGAGAUCGAGAUGAAGGUCUUGGACGACGAGCUCGACGAGUAUGGCGUCGUCAACAACGCCAUCUACGCCAGCUACCUCCACAGAGGUCGUGCCGUGUUGCUCGAGAAGCUGGGCUUCAGCGUGGACUACUGGACAUCCACGGGCAACGCCUUGACUCUGUCAGAGUUGAACCUCAAGUACUUAUCACCUUUGAGGAGUGGCGACAGGUUCGUUGUCAAGGUGAAGCCUGUGCAAAUCAAAGGCGUGCGAAUCAUCGUCGAGCACAUGAUCGAGACCCUGCCGGAUCGUAAGCUCGUAGUGGAAGCCAGAGCGACCGUUGUUUGCCUCAACAAUGACUUUCGUCCAACUCGUGUGUUCCCAGAGUUAUCUGCAAGAUUAAUGGAGGUCUUCUCUUGCAAGGUUGCCUAAAAGGUUAAAGCCGCAAUUUUGAAAAACGAAGAAGAAGAGGACUGAAGCAAUAUUAUAUUCUGUAGACUACUUUCACGGUAGAUCAUAGAUCUUCUAUGCUGUCAUGAUGUAUACGGUUCGAUUCAAUUUGUUUUGCUGAAUUUUGUAUCUGCAAUGUAUGACAUUCAUAUAAAUAAAACUAGCAAGGUGUCCCGCGCAAAUAACGUGGGUAGCUAGUUUUUUAUUAUUC